GUUUCCUUUGCAACUUCAAACCACUAAGCAUUUCAUCUAGGAAUGAACUUGGGGAAAAAAAAAAGUUAUUUGUUGCCUGAUGGAAGCACGAGUCGUGUAUUGUGAUGGGUUGUCCUGCCCUGUGUGUGUGGCCGUCUCUGCUGUUGGCCAUUAUCAAGCGGCGGUUUUUGCCCCCAAGGACACGUGCGCGCUCUCUCUCUCUCUCUCUCUGCCACUCACUCACUCUUUCUGUGUACUGUACCACUAGCAGUAGUUUAGCUUUUCCAAAUCUCUUGACUGGUUCCGGCUAAUUCCCUGCCAAAACUAUCAGUGGAUUUCUUGCUUUUAAUCUCCCACAAUGCCUUAUUCGAUUAUUGUCAAAGCUCCCUGUCCCGCUCCUCGCUAGCUUUUGCUCUCGACUCAGAGCAAGCAAGCGGCUCAGUGCUAAAACACCGGACCAAUACGGGAUGGGAUGCGCCGAGUAGUGCGGCUGAGUCUGCCAGACUUGGGUGGCUCCUCCAAGGACAUGGGGCGGCUUCUCCUUUGCAUGCACCUGCUCAGCAUGAGCUGCGUCGUUGGGAACCAGCUGGGAGAAAUAAGGAUCUAUUCCGAAAAUAUCACCCAGAUAUUAGACCGUCUGCUGGACGGAUACGACAACCGACUGAGGCCAGGCUUUGGAGGGCCGGUGACAGAAGUCAAAACUGAUAUCUAUGUUACCAGCUUUGGUCCAGUUUCAGAUGUUGAAAUGGAAUACACUAUGGAUGUUUUCUUUCGUCAGACCUGGAUUGAUGACAGGCUGAAGUUUGAUGGGCCAUUUGAUAUCCUCAGACUCAACAAUCUCAUGGUUAGCAAGAUCUGGACACCAGAUACGUUUUUUAGAAAUGGCAAGAAGUCCAUCUCUCAUAACAUGACCACACCCAACAAGCUCUUUCGAAUUAUGCAGAAUGGUACAAUACUUUAUACAAUGAGGCUAACAAUUAAUGCGGCAUGCCCAAUGAGACUGAUGAACUUCCCAAUGGAUGGUCAUGCCUGUCCUCUGAAAUUCGGUAGCUAUGCUUAUCCCAAAAGUGAAAUCAUUUACACAUGGAAGAAAGGUCCUCUGCACUCUGUGGAGAUACCCCAGGAAUCAUCAAGUCUUCUUCAAUACGAUCUCAUUGGCCAGACAGUGUCAAGUGAGAUCUUAAAAUCCAACACAGGUGAAUACAUAGUUAUGACAGUUUAUUUCCACCUACAAAGGAAGAUGGGCUACUUCUUGAUUCAGGCUUAUAUUCCUUGUAUAAUGACAGUCAUACUUUCUCAAGUGUCUUUCUGGAUCAAUAAGGAGUCAGUUCCUGCCAGAACGGUGUUUGGUGAAUAUGCACUACAAGUAGUCUAUUUCCAUCUUGAGAGAAAACUAGGGUAUUAUCUCAUUCAAACAUACAUUCCAUGCUUCAUGACCGUAGUUCUGUCCCAGGUUGUGUUCUGGAUCAACAAAGAGUCUGUUCCUGCACGAACUGUAGCUGGCAUUACUACUGUUCUGACUAUGACCACCCUGAGCAUCAGCGCCCGGCACUCUUUGCCAAAAGUAUCCUACGCCACUGCCAUGGACUGGUUUAUAGCAGUCUGCUUUGCCUUCGUCUUCUCAGCACUUAUUGAGUUUGCAGCAGUUAACUACUUUACCAAUCUUCAGGCACAGAAGGCGGCGAGAAAAGCAGCCCAGGCAGCAGAGUUGGAGGCAGCAGCCGCAGCAUCUGAGGAGGAGACUGUCUCGCAAUCUGAUUCCAACUGCAACCUGAAGAAGAGGGGAAACUCCAUUGUUUCUCGUGGCGAUGUAUCCCUGGCAGAAAGUAUUCAAACCAUUUCACCUCCAAUACCGCAGUUUCUCCAGCAGGGCUCUGCAAUUCCUUCAAACCCCAAUGCACUUCUCACCGGGACCAGCACAAUAGACAAAUAUGCCAGAAUUCUGUUCCCAUUGUCAUUUGGAGCAUUCAACCUGGUUUACUGGAUAGUUUAUCUGUCAAAAGAUACCAUGGAGGCAUCUGGAAAAGCUUGAAGCAAUUGCCCUCCUUCAAAUACGACCUUCAAGGACAAAGACCACUAAGACAGACUAGGAUGAAUGAGAUGGAGCUCUUCCCCUUACUGUCACUUUCUGGUUUCUUUUUCAUUUUCUUUGACACAGGCAGCCACUGCCGUCCUGGCUUAAAUUGCUUCCUCCUAAGCAGUCCCCCUUAAGCACUCUAUGCAGUUUGCUUAAUGCUGGUAUUGUCCUUGUGCUGGGCGGUUUGUUCCGAUGCAUUUUGCUUUGUUGUUCGUACAAUGUGAGAUUUCAAAGACGGAGACGAAUGUGAAUUGAUUUGCCUGUGGGGCUCGUUAAGGUUUUUGUCCAGUGAACAAAUGCUGGAAAUUCUGAAGCAUCACCCUGUGGAGUCCAUCUCUGGCAUGAACAGUCUGGCUUCUAAAUGCCAGGAAAUUGUGACUGAAAUCAAAAUGCCGUCUGGCCAUAUUUCACCUCCAGGGGAUCAUGUCUAGGAUCACACUGUUGAGUGACCUACUGCUUUCAGGAUGCAAAUGAUUAGUAGGAAAAUGUUGCUUACUUAUUUUUGUGGAAACAGGUUCACAGGCCCAGUUAACAAUGGUCAAUCUCAGUUAUCUCUCUUUUUUCCUUCUAGUUUUAAUUAUUCCUUGUUUUCUUUAGAAGAAAAGUGCAAUCAAAAGUACAUUCUUCAAUCCCUGCUUCAUUCCCACCAUUAAAUUUUUUUUCUUCUCAGUCCCUUCAUCAUACAUCUUGUCAUGUUUUUGUGCAAGAACCUGUUAAAAAUUACCCUAUGAAUUCUCAUUUGAGUAACAAAUCUACUAUUGCUUCCAUCAGUUCUUUCAAAAAGUUGACUAAUGGGUGACAUCUUUCUAACUUUCAUGGCAACCCAAGAAAUAAGACAGGAAAUUUCUGUCCAGGGAAUGUGAAUAUUUGUGUGGUGCAUGCCUUUGAAGGUUUUAUUUUCAGAUAGAGCCAUUGUAUUUAACUGCACAAAUGGGAUACAAAUUAAAAAUGUGAAUGGCCA